AUGAUCCGAUUACCAUGUAAAGCAUUAUCACCACGUAUAAAAAAACUUGAUUCGUUAUCAACAAUAACAGAUAAAUUUUAUAAUAAUUCAUCAUUAGCAAGUUCAAGUUCUGGAUCAUCCAGCUGUAAUUCAAAUUGUGGUUUUAAUUACGCAUUUAGAACAGCUUUAGGUGAUUCAUGCGCAAAUAAACAUGGGUGUCAAGAUUAUAUUGGUGUGAAUUAUUCAAAUCCGUUAAGUGAAUCGAUAGUGGCUACAAGUGAUCAAGAAUUUUCAAAAUUACUCAAACCAUCAUCAAAAUCACAGCCGAAUAAAGAAACUGCAUCACGAGAAUGCCCAUAUUUUAUCCAAUCAUGUGUCAACGAACAUAAAAAUAACGUACAUACUAAAUUAAUCACACCAUAUAAUCCAAAUAACACUAACGAUUCUAAAACACUAUCAAAACGAACUAAAUGCCGUAAAUUUGCCAAACCAUUCAAAGAAAAUACGAAAGUAAUACGAUCUUCAGAUAAUCCGUACGAACAAUGGAAUUCUCCAAUUUAUCAACAACCACCUGUAUCGAAUUUUUUUUCUGGAUCACCUAAUAUUUAUCCGCCUACUCCAUAUGUGCCAUACCAAAUGUGUAAUUCAUUAUUGUAUCCACCAAACCCACUGGUUUAUCAAUCUCCACCUGGUAUGGUUUAUCUACCACCGUAUUAUGGUGUUGGCUAUCAAAAUGCCGUCCAUAAUAAUCAUUUUUGUAAAAAAUCACAUAGGCAAAUUGAAUUGGAAAAUCGCAUUAAUGAAUUAAAUCAACAAAUGGUAUAUUUAAAUGAAAAAAUUUCCUUGGAAAAGAAAUGGCUGUGGUAUGAACGAGCCAUAGCUACAUCUUAUCCUCAGGAUGAAAAAGUAUUAAAUCAAAUUUACUCAAAUAAAUAUCCAACAAAUGAGUCAAAUUCAUCCCAGAAUUUAUUAACACUUGAAAUAAACGAUCAAAAAUCCGGAUACAAACGGCAUUAUUGUAAAAAACACAAACAUUUGAAUGAUGUAAAUAUUCACAACCAAGCGUCGUCUCUGAAUAACUUAACAAAAAACCCGAGACGAUUAGAAGACAUUUCACCGUGUUCAAAAAGUAGUGCUCAAAUCAAGUUAGUUGCACAAGCCAUGAAUUACAAACGACAUAUCGCUGAAAUUGAGAUUCAGUGUAACAAUGAAUUGGAACAAGUGACUGAUUUAAUACAUUCGUUAAAACGGAUCAAUGAUAAUGUUUCAAAAUAUGAAGAUAACGAUCCGAAAAAGACUGAAGAAACUAAGUACGAUAGUUGUGUUAUAAAUUUACGGCCACGACCAUAUAACGAAGUAGAGCGUGAAUCAUUUCAUCGUAGCUUUUCGUUUGGUAAGAGUGUAACUCGAAAUUUCAGUGAUAGUAUGAAAUAUUUUCACAAUCAACAAAGUGGGGAUGACGAUGAAUUGAUUGAACGAUCUGAAAACGAACAGUCUGAAUUAGGUGAUUUUUCUCAAGAAAGUCCAUCUGUAAAUGCGUCACCGUUACCAAGCGAAAAAUAUUUUUCAUCGGGUGAAAGCUAUCACACUUAUAGUAUACCAGAAGAUAUACAAAUUAAUUCAAACGAUGAGACCGAUGGAGAAGAUGGAAUUGAAGCUGAAUAUGAAUUUAUUAAAAAGUGUGAUGGAAGAUCAAUAGCCGGUGACAAUAAUGACGAAGAGAUAUUCACGGAAUAUGAAUUCAGUUAUUCAAGUAAUUAAAUAUAGAUCCAUUUAUGUUCAUCUAAAUAUAUUGUUUUUAUUUCAAUUGAAAAUUGAA